AUGAAGGUUUCGACCGUGCUACUUGUGCUGACGGCCAUUGUUGGAGCCGCGGUUGCUGGUCCGAUCUCGAUGAGCAACAACAAUAUCGGUGAUAUUGUGAAGGUGGACGUCGACGCCGAAGUGGACAUCAAAAGUGAGAUCAAUGUCGAGCUGAUCAAUGUGAUUGCGGAGCUUUUGCUCGAGCUGCGUGACGUUAACGUCAACACAUGCGGUGGUUCUUCGUCCUCAUCCGAAUCCGAUUCGUCCGAGGGCACCUCGGAGGAAACCUCGGAAGAAACAUCGGAGGAAACAUCGGAGGAAACGUCUGAAGAAACAUCUGAAGAGACGUCUGAGGAGACGUCUGAAGAAACAUCGGAAGAAACAUCGGAGGAAACAUCAGAGGAAACAUCGGAAGAAACAUCGGAGGAAACAUCGGAAGAAACAUCUGAAGAGACGUCCGAGGAAACAUCGGAAGAAACGUCCGAAGAAACUUCCGAAGAGACGUCUGAGGAAAUUUCCGACGAAACAGGAUCGCAAGAGGUUAGUACUGAACCGAGCACCACGACCGGAACGGUGGUUCCGCCGCCAAGUACGACGGACUUUGAAACAACCGAGGAAACUACGUUGGACGGCGAGACGACGACCGAAAUCGACUUCGAGCAAACUACUGAGGAUCCUCAACCGUUUCAGGGUCUGGUACGAGCCCUGGCAGAAUCGAAACCCAAGGGCUAUGAUGCUCCCGGUUUGACGCAAAAACAGAAGGAACAGCUGUGGCAGCAGCAUGUUGAGCAGUUGGUUCAGCGACACAUGGCCGCUCGGCAGUAA